UCCUCAGGUGAUGAAGCUUUCAUCGAUACCAUGGGGAAACAUAGGUUUGGGUUUAUUUGUUCUCUACAUUCUGAACUCCGUGAAUGUUUUUUACACUUUGUACUACCCUCGCCUGUGUAAUGAGGAAUCAGAGUCAUGCUUCUCUGCAGCGUUUGAUGACAAAACUUUGUAUGACUUCUACGUUGUUGCUUCCACCGAUUCUUAUAACCUGCAGUCCCAAAAUAUCAUUGUUGGAAAGAAGAAUGUACAACUAUCUGUUGGUUUCGAAGAAAUUGUCACAAUCGAUCUUGAUAAAAAGUUCUUGAAGAACAACACUAUUUUUGGGCAUGUUGUAGUUGUUAGAGCAGGAACAAAUCCAAUGUCAAAGAACAUAGUUUCUGGCCAUUACACCACAUCAUUGACGUCAUUCAAGGUAGAAGAGAUUGUUAGAAUCAAUCUCAUGGAGGCAGUAAGUGCUAAAGACAACUCCACUGUCAUCGCACAUUGGAGGCCACGCCUAGCAGCUCACAUAUUGGAUCCUGCUCUUAAAUUUGAUGGGAAAGAGUACCCAGGAGAAUUUAGAAGGAUGAUGAACAAGAAAAGCAUGACCUACAAACCUGUGCUCUAUGUUGAUCAGCUUAGUCAAUCCAGACGAUAUGACACAUCUCUAGGCUCAGGUGCUGUUAAUCUUACUGUUUCCUUUACUCCCAUUACUAUUGGUAAGCUCAGAAUAUGGAUGCAGUUUGAGGAAGCAAUUCGAAAUCUCAAAGAACUCGGAUUUGGUGAAAAUGACAUUGAUGAAAUCAAGGGUAUAUUCACAGACACAAACAUGUACUUCCUGACACUUACAUUCUUUGUGACAAUCUUUCAUCUUCUGUUUGAUUUCCUUGCCUUCAAAAACGAUAUUAGUUUCUGGAAAAAUAGGAAAAACACAGCUGGAUUAAGUACACGAGUAAUAAUAUGGCGAUGCUUCAGUCAGGUCAUCAUCUUCCUUUAUCUCUGUGAGUUCAAAACAUCUUACAUUAUCCUUGGUCCUGCUGGGGUCGGAAUGUUCAUAGAGUUGUGGAAAGUUUGCAAAUCUCUAAAGUUUUCAUUUGUUGGGGGUAAAAUGCACUUUGGAGAAAAGUCAGAAGAGGAAAAAGCAACAGAAAAGAUUGACAGUGAGGCUAUGUGGUACUUGCAAUGGUUGAUGUACCCUCUUAUACUUGGGGGCGCUGUGUACUCACUGCUUUAUGUUCCUCAGCGCAGCUGGUACAGUUGGGUGAUAAACAGUCUGGUGAACGGAGUGUAUUGCUUUGGGUUCCUCUUCAUGACCCCUCAACUCUUCCUCAACUACCGCCUCAAAUCAGUUGCCCACCUACCUUGGAGAGCUUUCAUGUACAAGGCAUUCAACACCUUUAUAGAUGAUGUGUUUGCUUUUAUAAUCGUCAUGCCAACUGCCCACAGACUCGCAUGUUUCAGAGAUGAUAUUAUCUUUGUGAUCUAUCUUUACCAGCGCUGGCUGUACCCUGUUGAUAAGGCUAGGCUAGAACCAGGUAUGUCAGAUGCAGAGGUUGAGGAACUAACUGGAAGUAUGGCUGCUGCAGCUGUGAAAACAUCCCCUAAACUUGCUAACAGACCUGCUUCUCCCAUAAUUGAUAUAUACGGGGAUGAGGAGGACUCUUUUGACCAAGGAGGAAACAUAAAUGUGGAUCUCAUGUCAGCUCCCUCCUCCCCCAGCAACAUCCGCCACGACUCCUUCUUUCAAGACGAAACCAAAAUCGUUGGCUCAUCUGGCGUGUGGAACUGGUUCGCGUAUGCUAGAGGUCAGAUGGUUGAUGGACUGAACUCUGCCAACGCAUAUCUCGAGGACAGUGCGGCACUACAAGCAACAACAAACACCAUAUACCACGUGGGAGAGGAAGCGCACAAGAAAUUCGCACAAGCUGGGGCUUACACUGGCUCUCUGGGACAAAACGUCGUAUCACAAGUGCAGUCGUACGGUCAAGUUUUGCUCUCGACAGUUGAUUUAGCUAAAGUUAAAGAUGAUACGCCGAUCGAGUUGAGCAUAAUCUGCGAGAAGCACAUUGACGCCAGCUCUUUGAACGCUGCUUUCCAAGAGGUGUUUUACAAUACCACCUCCUGUGGUUACGAUGUAGUAUCUGGUUUGGCAGCACAACUGGUCGGUCCAGCAUCUGCUAUUGAGGGUUGUAAACUGAGGAUUCAAGCAGCCCGAGCGCAGAAGUUGGUAUCAGAUGGAUCAGUUGUGGUUGCAGUCGACAGUUUUAUCAAUGAAGUAGUCCCUGGAACAUGGGUAGAACAAUACUGCAUGUUGGUAAAUGACCUGCAACACGAGAUAGAUCUGCAUGUGUUCAGUCAGCCGGUAAACGUACCAGCCUCUCUUAUCAUCAAAUCUAAAGAUGCCACCCCGGCUGAAUAUGCUCUGCGAUCUUCAGGAUACGCUAAAUCCAUUAUCGAGGUGAUAUCAGAGACAUUUCCCGAUGUAAACAUCAAAGAUUGGUACAGUCCAUUUGUAGGAAUCUCCAACAAGAAAAUCCUCUACCUUGUAUCCCAACUUUUAGCUGCGCUUUAUCAUCAACGACUGGUAAAUACGCAACGUCCCGGUGUCAAGAGCGAUGAGGAAGAUAUCGAUGUGGACGCCAUGGAACGGUCGUAGCUAAAAAAUAAGACACUAAGAACGUAGUUAUAGUUCUCAAGCUUUCAAGAUGAAAUCGUUUCAAGGAGCGAAAAUGUAUGGUUUGUGUUUAUGUGUUCAUGAGUUAUGAAAAAACUUCUGCCGUCGAUCGGCAAAAUCGUGAACCGAAUUGUGAGAUUGUGAUGAAUUUAUUAUUGGUAAUUCAUGUUUCAAGUUUUAAGAUUUAUUUAUUCAAGAUAAAUCCGAGCUCCUUUCCAAUUUACGUUUAUGGUGAUAUUGAACAAAUUUGGUAUCAUGCUGUUGACAGAAUGAUAAUUCAAUUUAUAGAUCCGAUAAUUGAUUCGUUGCAUGGUAGCUGUGACUUUAGCAAUUCUGACAGAUUCCCGAGGUUAAGAUGCGAAAAAGUUUACAUGAAUGAUUAAUGAAAAGAUUAUCUCUAUACUUUUAGUUUUCCAAUUCUAGCGGCUUCAUCGAAUUUGAUGAUAUUAAAUAUGAGAUCAGGGAUUCAGCUUUGUAUUUUCGUAACAGAUAGUUUCCCGGAUAAACUUGUAUUUCAAAGUUCUAAUUGAUUGAUAUCCAUUAAA